AUGGCCGCCUCGCCAACCAAAAACGCAAAUGGAUCAAUACAGGCUCAGGAUUCUACACCAGCACCUGAGAGCUAUGGUCGGUGCUUUCACCAUCACCUGCCCCCUCCUGGAGACGAAUGCCACAAAUUAACAACCUUCCUAGAUGCCAAAGCCACAGAUCCUGACCUGCUCAGGAGCAACUCGGAGAUAAAGACUUUUACCACGAGCCGUUUCACUUAUCCGGCUGUGCGCGUCUUCUUCAAGCCUCACGCACGCCUGGACGAGCUCCCACGAGAUCCGGCGCCCUUACCUCUCCUGGUGUUUAUCCACGGGCUCGGUGGCUCGGUCGCGCAAUUUUAUCCAUUGCUCACUAGCCUAACGCACAAUUCGUCAUGUCUGGCUGUGGACCUCCCAGGAUGUGGUGUCUCGGAGCUCGCGCCGACUACAUGGGGCGCCUAUACCAACGAGGCGCUGACCGAGCUGCUGGACGUAAUUAUCGAUGGUUAUCGCGACAAGAAUGCAGGGCAAGGCAUUGUACUGGUUGGUCAUAGCAUGGGCUGUGCACUUUCAGCACGCCUAGCAUCUCCAGGCUCGAGCAGGGUGGCAGACCAUGUUAUGGCGCUCGUUGCUAUCUGUCCACCAUCUGGUCCCCCGACAGCAGAGCAGGUGAAAACUUUCAGGAAGCUGCUCUGGAUACCAACUCCAGUCUUCAACCUCUGGCGCACCUGGGAUGCUCGUGGAGGUAUCGAGAGUGCCAGCGUGAGGAGAUUCGUUGGGGCUGGGGCAGACCAGGAGUCCAAACGAUCACAGUAUCGAUUUAAUCGUCAGAGCAGGACACCGACCUGGCGAAGAAUGGCGUGGGGUAGCCUGCCAACGUACGAGAAUGGCGUACCAAAAGGGGGUAUCGCCGGUCAAGACAUCUGGGCCACUCUCAAUAUCCCGGUUUUCUUGAUCGCGGGCGGCAAAGACCACAUCACACCGGCCAAAGAGAUCGACAAGAUUGCCAGCUUUCUCAAGAAGGCCGAGGCUUCCAUUCUGCAGAAUGGUACAUCGGGUUAUCACCAAUCCAUCGUGGACACCGCCGCGCCCAUUGACACGUCCGUAGCCUCGAUCCCAGAGCCAAUCAAGAGCAUCACAGAUAUCAGGGAUGAAGACUUUCGCCGAGACAAGAGACGAGGCACUGAGAACGUUGACGAGGAUCUUCACGAGGAUCCAACUACACCACACGAGGCCACAGCAAUCAUCGGUAUGCCUUCGCAACCGCUGCAUCCGGACAAGGUCGUUAAAUCGGUAAUUCUUCCGCAAGGGACACAUGCUUUGAUCUACACGCAGGACUGCUCACAUAUCCUCGCAUCGGUCACUGCGGACUUCCUGUCGCAGCAUGUCACCGGCCGGCUCUCUCUCAGCUGGCAGCUGCAGUACCUCAACAAGGAGGGGAAGUGGGAGCUCAAGAACUUGGCCAAGUGGCAGGGCGUUGCGCCCGUCUCCAAGUCCAUAGCGGGCGUCUUCCGCGCCAUGAAGACCAUGCGUGAGGUGGACGAUGAGCACUCGCCUGCGAAAUUUGUGAGCAAGUGGGGCCGAAUCGUCAAGGAUAUUAUCGACAUCUCCAAGGACACUCCUGUCUACGACCCAGCUGGCCUCGAGAGGGCGGGUGUGCGGUAUCACAAGUUCCCAACGGUCUCCAAGAUACCACCUACAGACGCCGAGGUUGAUCGCUUCGUUGUGCUUGUGGACCGGCUGCGCAAGGAGCAGGAGAUCCGGGCCAAAGAGGAGCAUUGGGAUGAGGAUGCAGAGCACGCUGUGGGUGUGCACUGUCACUAUGGCUACAACCGCACUGGGUAUUUCAUCGUGUGCUACCUGAUCGAGAGGUGCGGCUUUGGGGUUCAGCAGGCAAUUGAUGCCUUUGCCAAGGCCAGACCGAAGGGAAUACGGCACUCCCAUUUCAAGGAUCAGCUAUUUGUUCGAUACUCUGAACUAAGGACACAGGGAGGCCCUAAUGUCCUGUAACGAAAGUGCCAUGGCUACUAAGAUACUGGUCAAUGGAGGACUUGUGAGAGAACCGAGGGAAACGGCGUACGAGCACAGGCUAAGUCGACGGCGUCAAGCACAAUGGUUCUUUAUCUGUUUGUGUCAUGAUAGCGUUCGUCCAAGACUUUUCUUCUUCUCUUUGUCUACUAUGUAUAAGUGCAGACUAUAUACCCUUGGGUCCUUCGACCCGCAAACUCUUUGUAUUAUAUUGUCUUC